AUGGGAGAUUCUGGAUCUGCACCCAUGACCUCCAACGACGGUGAUAUUCCGGGCUCUGUGCCUGUCCUCAUCGUCGGUGGAGGUCCUGUCGGUCUCUUGCAAGCACUGUUAUUGUCGCGACUUAAUGUCCGCUCGCUGAUUGUCGAACGCUAUCCCGAGCGCCUGGGAGCACCCAAAGCGCAUGCAAUUAACCCGCGAUCUUUGGAGAUCCUACGACAAUAUGGCCUCGGCGAGAAGCGGAUUCGUAGUCUUGGUACGGCUCGUGCCGAUGGACACUGGGUCAACUUUGUGACCAGCCUGUCUGGCGAAGCGGUUGGCAGACUUCCUUAUGAACGUAUGGAUGUGGCCGUGCUAGAUGACACCCCAGAAAUGAUACACAACAUCUCGCAACCGGUCUUGGAAGAGGAGCUCACGAAAUUGAUUGAGCAAGAUCCCAAUAUUGCCCUCAAGAAAGGCUACAGUAUUCAUUCUGUGCUCCAGGGUGAGGACGAGGUUACCGCAACUAUCAAACAGACUCGAGGUGAAAAUCUCUAUAAGGUCACUGCUCGGCAUCUUAUAGCCUGUGACGGGCGUAAGAGCAGAGUACGCGAACUUCUUGAAAUUCCUUCAGAGGGCGAGGGCUCGGACCAAACAAUGAUGACCAUCCACUUCAGCGCCAACUUACGACCUGUCGUCGGCGACCGCGUUGGUAUGCUGUACUGGAUAAUGGACCCAAUUGCGGCAGGCUUCAUUAUUGGCUAUGAUCUAGGCGAGACACAAGUACAUAUCAGCGAGGUCGAUACAGCCGAGUACCCUGUGGAAUCAUGGACGGAAGAGAUGUGUCGGGCCAAAGUUCGUGCGGCCAUUGGCCAGGAUGUUUCGUUCGAUAUCUUGAGUUUUAGGCCGUGGGUAUUCCGGCGACAGAUUGCGAAAACCUUUCAGAAGGGCAAUAUACUCCUCUCACUCGUUUCCCCCACUGGUGGCUUGGGGCUGAAUUGUGGCAUUGCAGAUGUGCACAAUCUUGCCUACAAGAUUGCCAUGAUUCACCACAAGGUGGCAGGCGCAUCUAUCCUCUCGACAUACACACCUGAGCGUCGAAGUAUAGCAGACAAUUACUCCAAGCAAAGCGUCAAAAAUGGAGACAAGAUCUUCAAGUUGGUCAAGAGCUUAAACAUGGCAGGUGUCACAGAUAUUGAAGAAGCUCGCAAGAACCUCCAUGAGGCUUUGAAGGAUCCUCGGCAGCGGGAGAAAGUUGAUGAGGGAAUUGAGGAACAGAGGGAACACUUUGACAAUCUCGAGCAUCACAUUGGAUAUGUGUAUGGAUCAGAUAAGCCCCCUACUCACGCCUCGUAUUACCACCCCAAAUUCAUUGCAGGAGCUCGGUUACCCCAUGCCUGGAUUUCAUUCACACCCUCAGCUCGAAUUCAGGCAUCCACCAUGCGCCUAGAGCCGAUAGACGUCUCCUACGUCAAGGAGCUCAGUGCAGCUCAGAUCAGCCAAUGUCAGUGGAGUACACUGGAUUUGUGCAACCCAGAUUCUUUUACGUUGAUCUUGGGCGAACAAGACAAUCAAGGACAUACCCGAUUCUCCAAGGUCGAGAAGCACUUUGAAGACAAAGAUAUCCCUCUUAACGUGUGGCGUCUUGGCCAAGAUCUCAGCGUGGUGAGACAGUCGUGGUUCGCUUCAGAGAUCCGCCGUGGAGGGCUUUUAAUUCGACCCGAUCAACACAUUCUUAUGAGGAUUACUUCUCUUAAAAGCAGUGAAGAAAUUAUCUCGGUGUUGGAUAGCCAUUUAAAAGUAUAG